CGUAAAAACGAUUUGCCUUUCAUAGCAAUCUCCCAUUAGAGUGGGUCUAACUCACUCACUCACAAAACCGUUUCUUCAUAGUCCUAUACACUUCUACUUUCACCCAUUCAUUCAUACAUCUAAUUCAUUACGUUUUCCUCAUUCUCUGCUCCCUCCCCCUACAUCGUCUACGUCGUCUUUCCUUCAUAGCGAGGUUUUGCUGUUCCACUCUUGACCCUCCGACUUGCAGCUUUUGCCAUUGCUCAAGCUUCACCACCUUGUUUCAUCUGUAGACCGAUUCUUCACACUCAAUUCACGCCUCAUAACGAAUACUGACUUAAUCUCACUUCUUACUUCACAUUUUUUGACGGUUUCAGUCGAUUUCAUAUUUAUUGUCACUUGAAGCUGCUUCUACACCGUCUCUGCAACGUACAAUGCAGGAAUUAAAUGCUGCUGCUGAUGGCAGUGUAAAAGACGAUAUUGAACGUGCUAUCCGAACUCCUGCAGCCAAUAAAACCGAUAAAAAACUUGGAAGCGAAAAGGUCUUGGCUUACCUUGCUGUAGAAGAGGAACGAUCUGCUUCUGUUGUUGGUAGCUCAACUAAGAAAAAGCCUAGAUACAUUGUAUUCACGACCGAUGAGGACACCCAUGUUCUGUACCUGCAUCGGUUCAAAUAUGACAAGACAGGAAUGAUAAUCGUCAAGAGCUGGCCCUUGUUCGAGUUACAGUCCGUCACUGUAGACGGAGAGCUGGAUCUCUCUUUCACAAUUAAUAAGUCUCAUCUUUUCCACUGCCGCAAUGCUCGUGAGCGCAAUAUAUUCGUGUAUACGAUUGCCCGAAAUUACAUGUUUUAUAUGAGCAAGCCUCUAAAGGUUAUAACACCUUCAGGUAAAAAGGUGGAAUGGGCUUACCGAAACGUGUUUAAUUUAGAAGCUACUCUGUCAGCUAAUGCAGCUGCUUCUGCUUCUUCAGCAGCAGCCGCUCCUUCUUCCAAGGCGGAGCAAAGUGCUACUGAGGAAGGUAGUUCAAAGGUCCAAGUUUCUUCUAUCGAGGAGCCGGCUUAUGUUCCCACUCCAAAGAAACCGUCCAUGGAGUAUGCUGCAGUAACCAACUUGGAGGAUGAGGCUCCUCUUCCCAUUGCUCCUUCACCUUCUGUAAAGUCUUCGACUGGGCAGGAGCCUUUUGAGUCUGCAGCUGAUGCAGCUCAUGAUACCACAAUACCCACUUCUGAUCGUACGGAAGACCUUGUUCGGCUAUCGUCUCCAAUUGAAGAAACCCUGCCGCCAGUACGAGUGCCCGUACCACCGCCCGUCAGAAGGUCUUUUGACACGGGAGCAUCUUCUGGUGAGUCAACCCCCAAACUGAAUUCGGAAAAGUUCAAACUCGAAAAAACGAGUUUAUUCCCGGCCUCCCUUCCUAAAAGUGCGAAACGUUUUGAAACACCUAAGACACCCAACCAGCGCACUGCAGCAUGGCACAAAUCACGGCCUAAUGCACCAGAUGCGCUUACCACGCCAAACAGUACAAGCAUUGAAAGUCCACACUAUGACACACCUGCACAGCGGCUCCCAAGUUCUCGCUCCUCCGCUGAACUCCCGUCGCCCCAUCGUCCGCACUUGACAUUUGCUUCUAGUGCCCAGUCUUCCCCCCUUAGUGCAAAACAAGCAGAUCGAGACUCUGUAAAACAUGAUAGCAGACCUUCGAGCGUCGGCAUAGGUUCUGCUCCGUUAAUACUGCCCAAAAACCCUACUCGAAAACUAUCUGUCCGAAGACCGCCUUCGCUCUCUGCACACACACAACAAGAAGCAACCAGUCAGGCUGGACCAGCAGGUCCUGAUUCCUCAAGCUCUUUUUACACUCCUGUUGAAACUUCCGAUAAACCUUCUUCUCUAAAUUAUUCUGCACAAAAUAAACAAGGCAUCGAACCCCAUUUUCAAUCAACCCAAACUCUGGAGCAUUUGUACAAUGCAAAAUCAAGAAUUACUCUGGACACACUGCCUGUAAAUGCUGGUAAACAUUUGUUUGAAUUGGACUGGUCAGGGGAAGACGCAUUUGAGAAAAAUCAGCAAGAAUUACUUAAUUCACUGAACGAAAGCAUGAGAGAGAAUGUUGAAGAACUUUUUCGCCAGAAAAUGCAAGCGAAAGAAGUUCAGGAUAUUUUGAACGAUAGUAUUGCUGGAUGUGACACACUGUUUUCAACUCUUAACCUCUACUCCAUGAGUCUGUCUGGAGUUCUGGGAGAUGUUAUUAACAUGGAGCAACAGCAGGCAAAGCAAUCAUAAGAAGAUGAUGAACCCUUAAUUGAAUUAAAGUCAUGAUGAAUACGUAUUAGAAUUAAGUUUUUCUCGAGAUUCUUCUUCUGUUGAAGCUUCGUUUAGGUUGCAGUUUUUCACUGCUGGAACGAGAGUACUUUCGUGCUGCAGCAGAUCAUUAAUUUUCGCUUCGCCAAUGUAUGGUGUCCACCGUAGUAAAUUUGGAUGCACUCGUUGCUGAUGUUUACGAUCCCAUUUAUUACAGACGGCUUGCAGCUCGUCUUGGCGGAUAUGUAGCUCGUACUCAUUCGUCCGUGGGUUUCGUUGUAAUAUUGAGAGCGCUUCUAAUGCUGAAAUAAUGUCAUUGGGAUCCAUAGACGUCCGCUUGGAUAUUUCUUCAAUGCUCAAUGGACCGUUUGCUUGAAGGAGACAUCGAGCGACUCUCAUUUUCCAGUAGCUUCUAUAUGAAACAAGUCCUAAAUCAGACAAUGGUUUUUCUGGCGAACCGGUUUUUUGUUCAACUUGUGUUAGCAAGUAGCUAAACUCGAUUAAAAACGCGCCAUAACCUUUUCGUUGGUAUGUUGGGAGAGUCAAUAUACAUGACACAUUGUAGUUGGAUGCGGAUCGCUUUUCUUUACUAAAGUAUCCCACAAAAUGGUACUUGCAGUCUUCGUAAGUUGUCAUUACAUAAAAUAGAAACGGCUCAACAUCAUAGUAAAGCAUUUUGGAAUGGAGAAACAUUUUAGCCAAGAGACAGAGGUUUUGGCAGUAUACCUUGGAGAAUAUGGUUAGCACAUAACAGCCAAAAAAAAAGACAUCCUUCAAAUAAUUAUCUUACCGACUGUUGUUGGCCGUCCACUUCGAACAAGGAAAUCUUGCCAUCACGAUAAAUCUCAUUUCCGGGAGGAUGCCGCCAAGAGCACUUCAUCUGUACAAUUGUUGUUAGAACCCGUAACGUAAGCAUGCAACACACACUCUCACACACACACACACACACACAAAUUCACAUACCAUAUGUCGACAAAGUGUGUAUUCACUUUUCAUAUACUUGAGACAAAACUCGCAGAUGUAUAGGAUGCGCGAGCAACUGUACUCUUCCGGAUAUGGAGCUGAAUACCAUGGUUUUGUUUUUUUGUUACCAAACUGUACGAACCGAAUAGUCGUAGGAGCUGGAGCUGAAGGAGCAUGCCCAGCGGUAGCCAAAAAUGGUUGCGAAUAAAGAUAGCUCUCUUCUUGAGUUUUUUUUACAGCAUUUUGAGCACGAAGGAACAAGUUGCUUUCAUCUGCGGAGGGAUCCGGUAGAAAUUCUCGUUCCUCGGAAUUGGGAAUGACAGUCGAGUACCGACGCGUCUCAUCGAGUACAAUAAUGCGAUAGGCAAACGAUUGGUAGUCAGGCGAACUUGUAUCUAGAGAUACUUUUAAAAGAAACCUACCAUGCUCUUCUCCGACGUUUAAAGCCACGACGCGAGGCAUCACAGUGGCAUACAAAAGGACUUUGACAUUCUGCACAUCCGAAUCGUCAGUAAUCUCAAAUUUUUGGUGGUGAGUUUUUGAGGG